AUGAGCAGCCUCUGCUGCGUCUCCAAAACGCCGUCGAAUCUUCAACCUCCUCUAACGUUAACGCCACGGCAGAGCUUAGAAUCAGCGGCUGUCUACGGAAUCAUCGAAUCAGCCGCCGACAUAAUCCAGAGAUGGAACACAGAAACCUCCACUUUCGCCAAAGUCACUUCCCUGUUCUACGAGGACAAGACAGAAGCCAUGGUGUUCAUUCAACGAGUGAACGAUCUACAAAAGACAAUGGAUCUUCUAGUAACUGAAGAUCCAAACUCCGAGAGACUCGUAAGAGCUCAUAGACUCAUGGAGAUAGCUAUGAAGAGACUCCAAAAGGAGUUUUACCAGAUCUUGUCAAUGAACCGUGCUUAUCUCGAUCCUGAAUCAGUCUCUACUCGCUCUUCACUUACUUCAGCAAGAUCCAGCUACUCUGAUUUUCCCGAAGACGACGAUUCAAACACUGUCGGUGAUUCAAUCGUCGAAGUCGAAGAAGCAUCUAGCAACGUCAUGACCGACUUGAGAUCAAUCGCUGAGUGUAUGAUCGCUUCCGGCUACGCGAAAGAGUGUAUCAGCAUAUAUAAAACCAUUAGAAAGUCCAUCAUCGACGAAGGGGUGUACCGUCUCGAAGUGGAGAAGAUUAGUACGGCGAAGGCGAAGAAGAUGUCGUGGGAGGAGAUGGAGAUAAAGAUCAGAAGCUGGUUAGAGGCGGUUAAGGUCUCUAUGGAGACUCUCUUCAAAGGGGAGAAGAUACUCUGCGAUCACGUCUUCGAAUCCUCUGCCUCAAUCAGAGAGUCUUGCUUUAGUGCAAUCUCGCGAGACGGAGCGAUGCUUCUGUUUGGCUUUCCGGAGAUUGUUGCUGCUAAAAUAAUCAGUAAGAAGAGUUCUCCCCCGGAGAAAACUUUCAGGCUGCUCGACAUGUACAGCUCCAUCGCGGGUAACUGGCAAGCGAUUGAAUCUAUCUUCUCGUUUGAGUCUACCUCUGUGGUACGUUCUCAAGCGCUUAAAUCUCUCAUCUCUCUCAGCGAAUCGAUUCGAUCACAGCUUAAGCACUUCGAGUCAAGAAUCCAGAAAGAUUCAUCGAAAGUAGUGGUUCACGGCGGAGGAGUUCAUCCGCUGACGAUCUCCGCCAUGAACCACAUCUCUCUCCUCGCAGACUACAGUAAUGUACUCGUGGAUAUCCUCUCGGGAUCUCCUCCACCGGAUAGAUCACUCCUUCCGGAGUCUUACUUCAAUGUGUCUGACUCGGACGAUUCACCCUCGUCCGAAUUAGCCAUACGAUUCGCGUGGCUUAUCCUCGUCCUCCUUUGUAAAAUCGACCGUAAAGCAAAUCAUUACAAGGACUGCUCCGUGCAGUAUCUCUUCCUCACCAACAACCUCCAGCAUGUUGUCUCACGUGUUCGUUACUCGAACCUUAAGCAGCUACUCGGUGAUGACUGGGUCACGAGGCACGUCGCUAAGAUUAAGCAAUUCUCCGACAGCUAUAAGAGACUUGCGUGGGGUCCAGUGUUGGCAACCCUACCCGAGAAUCGUGCCGUGGAGAUGUCGGUGGAGGAAGUGAAUGAGAGGUUUGAAAAAUUCAGCGAGAGCUUUGAGAGGGCAUACAGUAAGCAAACUGCAUGUGUUGUACCAAAUACAGAGCUACGAGAGGAUAUAAAAUUGUCAAUUACGAGAAAGUUGGUACCAAUUUACCGCGAGUUUUACAAUACGAGAAGGGUUGUUAUCGUGGCGGGAGCUGGUGGUGUGAGAAACUUGAGCUCUGAUGUUCGAUUUACCCCUGAAGAUGUUGAAAACCAUUUGUCUGAUUUGUUCUCUGGUGAGGAAUUAGAAAUAAGUGAAGAGACUAGCUACACUUCUUGA